UCUUUCAAUUCCAGGCACGCCAUUAGAACUUUGAAACGGACUUUUCUAUCUUUGUUUCCUCAUUCAACUCGACCCGGCCACUGCCUAUAAAUUGCGUAUCCUCGAUCACUCAUUCUUAUACUACACAAUUCCCAAGUGUUCGUUCUUCAGCCAGCUUUAGGAAACACUCGUGAAAAUGGGAUUGAGUAAGAAUCACCAACUCUUGUCUAAAAUUGCAACCAACGACCGACAUGGUGAGAAUUCUCCCUACUUUGAUGGAUGGAAGGCGUACGAUGAGAACCCUUAUCACCCUACUGAAAAUCGCGACGGAGUUAUCCAGAUGGGGCUUGCAGAGAAUCAGCUUUGCUUCGAUUUGAUUCAAGAGUGGAUUAGGAAGAAUCCUAAAGCUUCCAUUUGCACAGCUGAAGGAGUCAACGAGCUCAAGAAUAUUGCCAACUUUCAGGAUUAUCAUGGCUUGCCGGAGUUUAGACAAGCUGUGGCGAACUUUAUGGGGAGAGUAAGAGGAGGUAGGGUCAGAUUUGAUCCCGACCGUAUAGUCAUGAGUGGCGGAGCUACAGGAGCAAACGAGCUAAUCACCUUCUGUCUGGCGGAUCCCGGCGAUGUUUUCCUCGUACCCUCACCUUAUUAUCCAGCAUUUGACCGCGACAUGGGGUGGCGAACUGGGGUGCAGAUAGUGCCGGUUAAUUGUGAAAGCUCGAAUGGUUUCCUGAUAACAAAAGCAGCGCUAGAAGCAGCAUAUGAAAAGGCCCAAGAAGACAACAUCAAAAUAAAGGGCGUGCUCAUUGCCAACCCAUCAAACCCUUUGGGCACUCUUUUAGACAGAGAGACAUUGAGAAGCCUAGUGAGCUUCGUGAAUGAAAAGAACAUCCAUUUAGUAUGUGACGAAAUAUAUUCAGCCACUGUCUUCGGCUCUCCAACUUUCACAAGCAUUUCCGAAAUCAUAGAAGAAGAAAUCGAAUGCAACCGUGAUCUCAUUCACAUUGUUUACAGCUUGUCUAAGGACAUGGGCCUCCCUGGCUUCAGGGUGGGCAUAGUUUACUCUUACAAUGAUGCGGUCGUGAGCUGCGGUCGCAAAAUGUCGAGCUUCGGAUUAGUUUCCUCGCAAACUCAAUACCUGCUUGCUUCAAUGCUGUCGGACGAGGAGUUUGUCGGGAACUUUCUGGCGGAGAGCUCGAAGAGGCUUGCCAAGAGGCGCAACAUGUUCACCAAGGGGCUUGAGCAGGUGGGGAUUCCUUGCUUGAAAAGCAAUGCCGGCCUUUUUGUUUGGAUGGAUUUGCGUCGUCUCCUUGAAAAACAAACAUUUGAGGAUGAGCUCGUGCUGUGGCGCGUGAUUAUAAAUCAGGUGAAGCUUAAUGUUUCUCCGGGCUCUUCGUUCCAUUGCUCCGAGCCCGGCUGGUUUAGGGUUUGCUUCGCAAACAUGGACGACGACACGGUGGAAGUUGCACUUGAAAGAAUCCGAACAUUUGUACGUCAAGCGAAAAAAGGAAAGCCGGCGCAGGUGAAAAGUAAACGUUUGCAAAACAAUCUUCAGCUUAGCUUCCCCUCUAGAAGAUACGAUGAGAGUGUUGUUAUGUCUCCGCACAUGAUGUCCCCUCACUCACCAAUUCCUCUCUCUCCGCUUCUCCGAGCAAAGAAUUAGCGGAUAUUGUUUUACGGAGCAAUAUUAAAAACCACAAUUUUAUUUUAUCACCGUUAAGUUUUAUUUUACUGGCCUGGUAGUAUUAAUCGGUCAUUAUUUAAAAAUUGAUGAUAGAUUAAUAUUAUCACGCCAAUAAAAUAAAACGGUGAUAAAAUAAAAAAUAUAAUUUUCUAGCAUUUACUCAAAUGGUUUUAACUUAAUAAAAAAUUAUAAAGUUACAGGUAAUACGUAUCACCUGUAACUUUAUAAAAGUAUCUGUAUUUUUGAGGCCAAAUGGAAUCAAUUGGCCGGGUGUGUUCUUAAUUAGGAAAUAAGGGUGAUUGUUUAAUUAGUGUCAGACUGAUUCUAAUUAAUUAGUGUCAGAAGUAACUACCAUUUUUUUUUUCCCCCGCUUGAAGUGGGUGCUGUAAGUUUUUCAUGGCACUGGAAUGUUUCGUUUAGGAAAUCAUUUGAUAUAUACUUGUAAGUUGUCUAUCUGAUGGGCAACUAACCCUAGGAAGAUAUUGAAAAAUGUAAUGAUUUUCCUAUUAUUCAA